AUGAUUGAUCUAUUUAAAUCUUUAAAGAACUUAACUAAUUCAACUGAAUCAAGAAUUAAGAAUGCAACAAGUAGUGAACCCUUAGGUCCUUAUAAUCAUGAACUUAUUGAAUUAGCAAGAUUAUCGUUUGAUCAUUCUUCAUUAUCGACUAUUGAGAAUGUAAUUAUAAAAAGACUUUCUGUAUUUAAUCUUGAUGCAAAAUCAAAUAAUAAUAGUCAUCUUAAUGGAUUACAUCUUCCUAAUAGAAAUUUCUCAUUAAGACGUUCAACUAGUGAAAAGUCAACUUCUUCAGGUAGUCGUCGUAAUAGUAGUGGAUCUUUAAAUUCAAAUUCAAAUUCAAAUUUAAGUUCACAUUCAAAUUUAAGUUCAAAUUCAACCUUAAAUCCUCAUAGUAAUACCUCCGGUAUAGCCGUAAUUAAAAGAUCAAAUUCUUUACCUUCAACCAAACCAUCAUUAAUUGACCUUCAUGAUUCAUCUUAUUUGCAACUCUUAAAAACUUUAACAGUUAUACUAUAUUUAAUACAAAAUGGAUCUCCUCAUUUCAUUAAAUGGAUUAAAGCGAUUUAUAAUCAAUACUUAACACCAAUAUUAAUUAAUAUUCAAAUUAUCCCUAUUCCUACGAAGUACUUGGAUUCAAUUAAAUUUAAAUUGGUUAAAAUUAUAAAUUUAUUCGAAAACGUGAAUAAUUUGAAUCAAUAUAAAUUAAACUUUAAUAAAUUAAGAUAUGAUAUGUCAAUCCCAGGUGUUAAACGAAAUUCAAUUGAUAAUAGUACAUUGGUAGGUAGUGAUAAUAAUAAUAAUAAUAAUAAUAAUAAUAAAACUUCAACUCCAAUGUCUCCUCCUUCUCAUUAUGGUCAUAAGAGAUCAAAUAGUAUAGAUUACGGUUCAUACUCAAUUUCUUCAUCUAAUAAUAAUACUUUAACUAAUAUAAUAGAAGAAGAUGAUUAUCAUAAUAAUAAUAAUAAUAUAAACUAUUCAUAUAAUAAUAAUCCUUUUACAAAACAUGAUUAUCAAGCAUUAUUUGAACCAAUGACUCCACCUAAACAGAAUGAUUCAAUAACAAUGAAUCAAUUGAAUUAUAAUUAUUCACCACCUCCACCUCAUAAAAGUCAUCGGUCAAGUUCAAAAAGUCAUCAUCAUAAUUAUGAUCAAAAUCAUGAAGAUCACCAUCAUCAUCAUCAUCACGAUCAUAAUAGUCCUUAUUCUUCAUUCUCGUCAUAG